UAAAUAAAAGGGAGGAAAUCAAAAGCAAGGGAGAGCAGCAAGGGAUCCCGGCGUCCUCCACUCCUUGCUCCGUAGUUUGGCGUAUUGGAAAAGGAAGGGAAACAAUCUGCGGAGAAAGAUCGAGACUCGCAUUAUAUUUAUAUGUGUGUGUAUAUAUAUAAAUAUUCAUCUCCGCCUCUGCUUACAGCGAUUCCAACAACACGCGGAAGAGAUGGAAAAGGAAAAUCGCAGACCAAGCCCCUAAGUUCUUUCCGAUUUGCCAUUGAUUUUGAAGAUUUUUUUUGACUGCCAGUCUUUUAUUUCAGUUUUCUUCCCUGAUCUUGGCUGCAACUUUCGAUGGAUUGAGAGAAAAGGAGAUCUGGUUAUCGGCGGGUUAAUUUAUUAUUUUUUUUCGUGUUAAUCGAUCGGUUCAGAUUUCAACAAACAGGGUGAGCCUUUACCAUUGGAAUAAUUGAAAAUCUAGAGCAAUGGCUUCCUGCAAAAGUUAUGGUCAGAAGCAGUUGGUUAGUGAGAGAGGAUUAUCAUUGGGUAGUAUGCAUGGUGUUGUAGGUCUGAAAUUCUCUAGCCUUAUCAACUCUGAUUUGACUUGGAAGAAGGUUGCAAAAGGCAACAGGACUUCGUCAAGGCGAGCUAGGAACUCUGUUUCUAGAAGCUGGAACACUAGUGAGGAUCUGAUAAAAAUGGAUUCCAACACUAUGGACUUGUCAUUUUCUGAAUCUGAGAAGCUUGGAGUAAGUGUUCUUGGGUGCCGCUUCAGUGAGAACGCCGACCAUGUGCCUCUAAAGAAAAGGAAAUUAAUGUUCAGAUCACCCUCUCCACCACUUAGAGCCCCAUCUCAACAUCUUGAAGAAAAUGAAAAGCUCCUAAGAAGUCCACCUGAGGUAAUUGAUUAUGCUGCUUCUGCAAGUGACUUGGGCCAAACUGUUGAUACUGAGCAUGAUGACGAGGAGAAGAACUUGGAGAGGGAGAGUAAACAACUUGAUGAAAUGGAAGACUUCUCAGGUAUCUUCAUACUUGCUGCUGCUGCCUGCCGUGAUAGUUUGGGAGAAGUUGAUCAUGUUGAGGAGGGUUCUGAAGUUGAAUUAUCUUAUAUCUGUGAAGGCUCCUCAAUGAAAAAUCAAUUGUAUCCUCUGUCAAAGAGAGAUGUUAAAGAUGACCUUAGUUCUGCCAAAGUUUCAAGUCAAGAAACUGGUUCCUCCAUUUCUGUAGUACAUGCAGAAGGGGUUUCUGCCUCUUUAAGAAUGCACAUUACUUCUACAGAUGGUAUAUUGCAGGCAAGUAAUGUUCACAAUAAGUCUAUGGGGGAUUGUUCUAUGGCAGUAGUAGAGGAUCACUUAAACAAGAAGUUUGAGGAGACAGAUGGAGUGCAUGGGUUUUCUUCGCAAGAUGAUCGUUUCUUUUGGGAUUUGAAUACUUCAAUGGAUGCAUGGCCAUGCCCUUUUGAUAAUCAAUGUGCGGACUCUAACAUUUCAGAUGGCAUCACUGAAGAUGUGGAUGGUGGUAAUUGUAGUAGCAUGAUUGAAAGCUCAGAAAGUGGGAGCAUGAAAUGGGGAAUUGGAAAUAGUAGAUGUCAUAUUGAAACGAAACUGCCACCAGCAGACCCUGGAGGGAUAGUUCACAAGGAACAAAUUUCAAACAUAAAGGAGCUUAAAUUGGAUUCAGGGACUGAUAUUGAAGGGAAUAGUUGCUCACAAGAGAAAUUGUCUUCUUCUGUUUCAAUUGAUGGUGCUACUGUGUCUGUUGAAAGGAACAAAAGUGCUUUAGCCCAAUAUUUAACUUUUAGCUCUACUGGGAAUAGCAAAAGCUUAUCUCCACAUCAAAUUGCAUGGUUGAAUUCAAGUGAACAUAACCCUAAUCCCUUUAAAUCUAACCAAUCUCUGAGCACUUUUAUUCCCAAGGCAAUCUGUGAUGUGGCAUCCGCUGAUGUUACUUCUGCAAAGAAUGAAGGUGGUUGUGGGUCUAUUGCAUGUGAAACUAUUUCCUCUGGUUUGCAGGUUGAGAGGGUGGAGCUUGCUCCUUGUGUUACUUCUUCUGUUAAUACCAACUGCAAGACUGAUGUUUUAAAUGAAGAUACUAAGGGUGCCAAAGAUAAUUCUCUUUCUCAAUUUAAUGAAGUUGGAUUUCUUCCAUCUUCUUGUAUAGGUGUUGAGAACCAAACCUCCGGUGAGUUUGCUCUGGAUUCAAAGGUGCCAUGUGGCAAUGUUUGUGAGCUUGAUGAAACUGAUAAUUUAAUGCAUAAGGAAAAUGAGAAACUCGUGACAAAGUCUUCAGAAAUGUCUAAAGCAUUGUUACAUGCUCAUUCUGAUGCAUACUGGAACAACUCUAAGGAUAUUGUAAAUAGUUUUGAUAAGAUGGCUGUUGAAGAACCUUCUGACAAUGGUUAUAAUUCUGAUUUUUCUCAUGAUGUUCAUGCUUGUGUGAAAGCAAGUAGGCUUGAGGUGGAUUAUGAUUCUCAGUAUGAAGAUGGAGAAGUAAGGGAAUCUGUGGAGCAUAAUUGGCGAGAAUAUUAUGGCGAGGAUAUGGAAGCCCAACAUGUGGAUUAUGAUUCUGACAGUGAUAAUUUGGGUUCUGGUGCUGAAAAAAUUAUGACAAAUACACAGGGAAUGGAUUUCAAAACUUGUUUGAGUAGGUUGAGAGGAAAAGAUGGUAUCAACAUAGGCAAAACUGGUGGUAACAAUUACAGCAAAUCUAAAAUUGGUAAUGACGAGGAGAUUACAGAGGGCAGGACUUGUACUAUGAAGGAUGAUAGGAGGAUUUGGGCAAGAAAUGAUAGUGUCGGGAAAAAUAUUCAUGCUGAUGGUGCAGUUGGAUUAGAUACUGUAGAUCAGACAAGGGUGGCAGAGUCGAGAACAUUCAGAAGGGAGUUGUGUUCUCACAUUGAGGAGGGAGCAUUCCAUGAUGAACGCAUUAGAAGAGACAGGGGUAGAUAUGCUCUGGAUCCUUAUGCGAGAGGUGAAGGAGAUGAUCGUUUGAUUGAUUCUCGAGCCAGCAGUAGGGGCAUAAAGCACCAUCUUUCAACUAAGUACCGUGUCCCAAUGUCUUUUCAUCACCUUGGGCCAGCAAAAGGGUUGCAUCAUCGUGUUACAAGAAGCAGGUCACCAGAUGCUAGAGAUGAGGCUCUUAGCAUGCGUCGGCGUAUUAGACCAUCUAGGAACCCUAGUCCUGGUUGGCAUGUGACUCUUGGCAGGGGCAGGUAUAUGAGAUAUGGUCUGCAAGCUGAAGGGAGAGACCCCAGGAGUAGGUACCGUGGUUUUGAAGUUGAUGAUCGCUGCCAUUCUUCCAUGGCACAUUCACAUCCUUUAGCCAAGAGAAAGAGAAGUUUUUCUCCAAUUAAAAGAAGAAGGGAUCAUCGUGUACAUCGAUCUCACUCAAAAUCUUCUUCAAGAUCCAGAAGUCAAUCUUCCGGCUCUGUCAAUCCAUUUGUUAGAUGCCGAAGUAAAUCCCCCAAUUUUAGAUCUGCUGUCAGAAUGCAGAGAAUGAGAUCACCUGAUCGGAGGCGGCCUGGUCUUUCAGUAGGUCAUGUGGGGGGGUGUAGACCAGCACAAAGAAAUCAUUGUUCACCGCCUCGCAAUACCCGAUGGGUUGUUGAUAGGAAGGAUAGUGUUUUUCAUCUUAGGGAACGGAGUUAUGAUACACGUUCUUCAUUAGGCCGGAGAUCAAUGGGAAGAUUUGCCCAACUGGAUGACAGGUUUGUUUUUGUUGACUCUUCACGAAGCUUCAGGUCUAUGCACCCAAGAAGAUUCACGGAGAUGAGUGGAGGUGGUGGAGGGAGUUUAAGGUAUGAAGAGAGUGAUGAUGAUAGGGGCAAGCAUCGGUAUAGAUAUGGGUCAGCUCAUCCUGCGAAGCAAAAUGACAUGGAUGGACCUGUGAAGCGAUUUCGUUGUAAUGAUGCAGAGGGUUAUAGUUCUCGUUAUAGAGAUGUUCCAGAUUUCUUUGGCAAAGAUACUCCUACGUGCCAUGGCAGGAGUAUUGAUAGCCAAAUUGGUGACAUUUCAGGGAAGUUCAGGGAAGAUAGAGGGCCAUUUACAUAUAUCAGAGAGGGGAAAUAUGAUGUUGAUUUGAAGUCAUCUCGGGUGCAGGAAGGUGAUAAUGAGAUGACUUCAAGGAGAUGUUCUUAGACUUGGGCCCCCACUUCUAUCAUGGUGAGCUUGGUCUACUUUGGGCAAAUCAGUAGGUAGAUAGGUAUACAUUGGAUGAAGGAAUCUUUUUCAUUUUCAGUGAAAAAUCAUUCAGAUCUUUAGUUUUCAUUGCCAGCUUUUUUUUUUUUUUUUUUUGAGUCCUUAAUUAUUAUCCUUUUACGAAUUUUGUUAAGGGCCUAUAAUUUGCCCUAUUUAUUUAUUAAUUUAAGCCGAUUUUGGGUGACAGGCCAAUGAGUUUUGUUAAAUCAAUGAAAUGUCAAUAUAUUUUUACCA